UUCAUGUGUGAAUGUCAAUGUUCUCCAGGGGAUGGUCGCCGGAUGAUGGCAACUGUCAUUCGGUAGUUCCGGGAGAUUAUUAUUUAUGAAGAAACUCGAGUUUGUUUGUGGUGUUGUGAAGGGACUUGUGUGAAUUCUGUCGGAAAUAGACUGGGGACAUAAUGCCGAAGAUAUUUUUGAUUAAAAAUCGACUGCAUCAGCAGCAGCUGAGGUUGCUGGAGGCACAGCAUCUCAGCAAAUCACCACCGCCGGGCAGUGGGAAGGACAGUCCACUCGGUGGGUCUGAGCCCAUCAGUCUUAUUGUUAAUAAGCAUCAAUAUCGCGACAAAACCGAGGAUGAUCGUGCCACGACCCCGGAGUCCCUCCGGAGUACCAGUCCACCAAGUUCACCCCCGCCACAAUGGCAGCCCUCAGCCCCAACAACCACGACCUCCCCCCGUCGUUUCAUCUCCAGCAUCCUGGGGGGCGACGUCCCCUACGGCAGCCGAGGUCACGUCCUCACCCGUGCGGAGCGCAAAGAGUACAGUAGUCCCCUGGUGGUGCCCUCCACCGACAAACUCCCCGGGAAAUCCGAGAGAAUCGAGCUUCCUCGACCGCCCACCCCGCCUUCCACCCCCAGGAUCGAGCCUCCAACGCGGGUCUCCGUGAUCCAACGAGUGCCCCCUCAAACAAAGCCCAGAAAAGAGCACGCGAAGGUGGAGGUGCCAGCCUCCCAGGAACCCGAGCAGGACCAGCCGAUCGACUAUGCCGUCCCCAAGCGGAAAGAAGACGUCGACGAAGAGCGAGGACGGGAGGGAGCCAAGGCCUCCCGAACCUUCGGCAACUCGAUUGCAAGACCGCUCUUGGCGAUGCGACUGUCGGCCCCGGGCACCCUCCAGGCAGCCGCCGGUCACGGAAGGUCCACCAACUCCUCGAACACGGGCUCCUCCUCAGGAUCCAGCAACAACUCCUCGACAUCUGGCGGCAGCUCCUCCGGCUCUGGCGGUCUGAGUUUCUCCUCCUCCGGCGGUGGCGGGGGUGGCGGUGGCGCCAUGGGCGGCGCCGGCGGCGGCAUGAACCCAGGCGGCAAUGGCGGCCGAGGGAACUACGGCCCCAGCUCACCUCCCACAGGCUCAUUACCCCCAUUUUACGAGUCUCUCAAGGGCGGAAACAAUCUCGCUAAUUUCGCCAAUCAAUAUGGCAGUCAAGGAAACAAUUUUCUGACGCCGACCUCCGUCGGAAUGGAGUGCGACACGGGUCAGCAGGACCUCAACUCCCAACACUCCUAUGGCGCCCAGGAGGGCAAGCAGUAUCAGCUGCUCCAGAACAUGGCGUCCUAUGGGCUUGUUCUCAAGGAGGAGGAUGAGGACCUCUCGUCUGUCUACAAACUCCAGCCGGAUUUGCUGUCCGCCCAGUACGGGGGGUAUGACGUCACUGACUCUGGCAUGAUGGUGGACAUGGUGACGGGGACCAUGGUGGACCCCCUUCAGUUCACAGCGACGCUGACCUUCAGCUCCCCCUCGGACCACAACGCCCUCUUGGAGAGUCUGUCCGACGCAGCUGAUCUGUUUCUUCCUAGGCUUCCUGCGGACGACGGCAAUGAUCUCCUCGAGGAGUCACUGCACUCGCCGGCCUCGGCCGCCAGUGGCAUCAAUCAGGAGGGCCAGAUGACGACACCCGUCGAGCCCAGUGUCGACCCCUUCCCGGAGCACGGGAUUCCCCUGUCGAGAGCCUUCGACGGCGCCGGGAGGCACUACAACCCGUCCCACUAUUCCAAUAAAUUGUCUGGGAUUACGUAUCCUGAGGGGGGCUAUCAGCCUGUGGGGAAGGAACGGUCUGAGCUGGGGAUUCAUAUCAAUCAGGGCCAUCAACAGGAGCCUCAACUGCAGCAACUGCAGAUCCAGGUGCAGAUGCAGCAGCAGCAGGGACAGCAGGCCAGGUCUCCUCAUCAGCAGCAUCAUCAGGGGCUGCUCAGUCCGGGGUUGAAUUUUCCAGGAAGCGGACUCGAUUUGGACUCUGGUAGCAGUGUCGGUGGUAGUCUCCCGAGCCCCGGAGCUGGUAGUUGUUCAUUAGAUGGAGCUUCAGCGAGUACAUCACCUGCCUGCGGUCUCAUGGAGCACGCGCCUAGUCCCUCUGGCGUCUCGGCCACUGUGAGUUCCCCCGGGGCGUCUGAUUCACCGUCCACUCCGCGCUCGGGUGUCCUCCAGCAGAGGCUGGGACUUCCUGGCGAUUGUCAGUUGGAAUUCGUCAACGGUGGACAUGGAAUUAAAAAUCCGCUGGCUGUCGAUGGACAGAGGACACCUACCACCAGAGAUGAAGAGAGAGCACCUAGACCAGCUACUGGAAAGGAGGAUGACCCCAGUCGCUUCACUUGUCGAGUCUGCAGCAAGACCUUCAGUCUCCAGCGACUCCUCAAUCGCCACAUGAAGUGUCACAGCGAUGUCAAGCGUUAUCUGUGCACCUUCUGCGGAAAGGGAUUCAACGACACUUUUGACUUGAAGAGACACACCAGAACGCACACGGGGGUCAGACCGUACAAGUGCAAUCUCUGCGAGAAGAGCUUCACCCAGAGGUGCUCCCUGGAGAGCCAUUGUCUCAAGGUUCAUGGGGUUCAGCAUCAGUAUGCCUACAAGGAACGUCGUACAAAGGUUUACGUCUGUGAAGAGUGUGGUCACACAACCCAAGAGCCCGAAGUCCACUACCUCCACCUGAAGGACAAGCACCCAUACAGUCCAGCCCUGCUGAAGUUCUACGACAAGCGUCACUUCAAAUUCACCAACAGCAAUUUUGCCAACAUGCUGCUACAGACUAGAGAAAUGAAAACUUGAAAGAGAGAAUUGAAUGAACAAUUGUUUGUUCUUUGCUGAUGUGAAUCUGCAGGGUGGCCUUCUGCGGGACACGAAGGAGACGGGCAAGGCCAUCGGAAGGGCGACAACAUUGCAACUUGGUCGAGCCUCUUCGUACUGACUUAAUGAACGAAAUAGUGAUGAAUCCUUAAGCCAUUUGGGAUUAACACAGAUGAAUGUGCGUUCGAUAGUGAGUGGAACUGAGGGAGGGACAGUAUUUAUUCCACAAUGAUUCACUGGAUUAAAUGUUGUCAUAAAUUUGACUCACAUUGAAUAAAUGAGAUGAAGGGAAUAGUAUUUGAAUAGUUUGAUCGAAGGAAAAUGCUAUUAAAAAUGAAAAUGUCUCGAAAUAUUUUCAUUUUAUUAUUCAGAACAGUUUCUCUGAAAUAAAAAUAGUGCUCUUCCACUUAUAAAAGCAAAAUAACAAUUUCAAACAGGUUUUUAUGAAAUAGUCCUCCGAAGAACUUGAAUUCAACGUUUCAUAAAUAAUAUUUCCCACGAUUUCGUCCCACGAUACGUUGACUUUCGACUUCAAAUGGCAAUCCAGAGUUUCCCGAUAUUCCCUAAAAAAUAUUGUGAACCUCUCGAUUAACAAUUACACUCCUAAUAAUUAUUUAAUGAUCAAUUAUUCUCAAAACGCAUACCUUUGCGGUAGGGUGUCCUGUGAUAUAGGGAAAAUGGAUCUUACACGAUUUUAUAUUAAAACCACGCACAUCAAACUACACAAUUCAUCAUCACGAAAAAAAAAAUGAUAAAAAAUGAAAAAAAAAAAACGGGGUAUCGUGCAAUUUUAUAAUUUUCUUCUUCUUCAAGGUGGUAGGAAACAAAUUAACUUAAUUAAUUUAGGAUAAAAAUUAACGAUGGGACAGCAGCUUUGAUUAUGGCUGCCCUCAUCCUGAUUAUUAUUUAAUUGAAUCAUCAUCUGUAAAUUUUAGCUUGUAAAGAAUAUUGUCAUCGUGGUGCUCAGUGAUUUUUCAAAUCCCAUAAUGAUAUAUAAAAAUCACGGUGCUCUGUAAAUAUCUCGCAAUUAGUAAUUAACGAGUAAUCAACGAAUAAAACGAUAAUUAUAAUUUAUAAAUCUCGACUUUUGCAGGCAUUGUGAUCGUUCGCAUAAAAAGACUGUAAAUACUAUGUAUUUUAUUAUUCAAAUCUAACGAUCGUCAAGUGCACGUAAUGUCCGUAAGAUUUUUUUUUUUUUAUGAACAAUAUUUUUUAUUCCCGAAGUUAUUGUCAUGAUAAUUGAAUAAAGUAUAUCUUGUAAUACUCAAAAAUAAAGAUUCAAUGACAAUUGACGAUAUGAUGAACAACUCUGUCAUGAUAAUGCUUAAUUAUUUAAUUAAAUCAUCGUAAUUACGUCCAGUAUUUGUUAUGUCUGUAGUAACAAUUUUUUUAUAUUAAUUAUAUUCACAUUAUCUCUCAUUGUUAUGUCAAUUAUUAGACGAUUUUUCGACGCAUCGAACCACUUAAUUAUUAAUUUUUAUUUCGUAUUCAUUAAUUGAAUGUAGUUGAUUAUUGAAUUUAUUGAGGAAGUAUUUAUAUUGAAUGUUAAAUAACUGCGGCUUAUUCUGGUGUGAAUUUUAUAUACUCAGAACAAUUUUUUUUUCAGAGGGAGAUAUGCACGUCUAUUUGUUGAGUGAAUUUAUUUUCCAUGACUGUGUAGAAACGUAAGGGAAAUUAUGAAAAAUGGGUUUACAGAUUUUUUUUUCUACUCAUAACGAUGUAUUAUAGAGGUCUGAGGCAUGAUAUUUGGAUGUUUAAGGAUAAUUCAAUUUAUUAAUGGAGAAUAUAACGGUUAAUAUAGUAUAUUGUACGUAGAGGAAUAAAGAGAAUAAAAUUAUAUGAAAUUUGA